AUGUUAUUUGCCGUGGAAGAGGCAAAUAGAGACCCCACUUUCCUGCCCAAUAUCACAGUGGGAUUCCAGCUCUAUGACUCCUGUGUGUCUGGAACCCGGGCUCUUGGGAGCACUCUUGGUCUCCUGUCUGGACAGCUCCUCCCGACACCCAACUUUGAUUGCCACCCCCAGCAUCGACUCCUGGGAAUCAUAGGUGGGAUGACUUCCCCAGAGUCAGAGGCCAUGGCUGAGCUGCUCUCUGUUUACCAAGUCUCUCAGAUAAGUCAUGGAUCUCAACAUCCCCAAUUUUCUGACCACCACCGGUUCCCCUCCUUCCUUCGCACAGUCCCCAGCAGAGUCCACCAACCUCAGGCCAUGGCUAAAAUACUUCUCUACUUCAACUGGACCUGGGUGGGGCUGGUGGGCUCGGAUAGCGGUGCCUUUGAGUGGCUGGACCAGGAAUUCCGGAAGGAGGUCGGAAAGAAUGGCGGCUGCGUAAGCUUCUCGAAGAGGAUCGAUGGCCAUGUCAAUAACGUGGGUGAUGUGGCUGAUGCCAUCUGGACUUCCACUGCCAAGGUGACCGUCUGUGAUUGCUACCACAUCUACUUCAUUCUCCUUGCCAAGGCCCUUCAGGAGAAGAGUAUGACCAACAGAAUCUGGCUCAUGUCCACUUCUUUUUUACCAGAUGCCUCAGUGUUGAGCAGAGAAGCCAGAGAGAUGCUAAAUGGGAGCCUGUCUCUGGGGAUACACUCUGGACCAAUACCCGGCUUCAAGCACUUCCUGUCUACUCUGCAUCCAGCUAUGUAUCCAGACAAUCAUCUGGUAAAGCUAUUUUGGCAAGACUUGUUGGGCUGCACCUGGCCUGGGCCAAAGCUCGUUGACAGUCGAGCAGGAUGUGUUGUCCAAAAUUGCACAGGAUUAGAGCAGCUGACACAGCUCCAUCUAUCUGUACUGAAUCUGGAUGACUUGACUGCUAUAUACCAAGCCUACCUGGCAGCCAAAACCUUCCUGGUGGCCUAUCAGAAUCUGAGGGCCUGCUCUUCUGGGGAAGGACCAUUUACUGGCAGCAAUUGUACCAGGACAGAAGAUGCCAGCCCAUGGCAGCUUUUGCACUAUUUAAAGGCUGUCUGCUUUACUACUCGAACUCAGGAAGAGAUCUUCUUUACCCAGGAUGGAGAGAUCCCAGCGACUUUUGAUGUAAUGAAUAAUUACCUUGCUCUUAACCAUAGUUUGCAGACUGCCAAGGUUGGACACUUAGACUUCAGGGAGCCUCCAGGGAAAGAGCUGGUGAUAAAUAGCAGUACUAUCAUUUGGGCUGAGGGUCCUGGAAAGGUCCCUCUUUCAGUUUGCAGCAAAACAUGUCCUUUGGGAACCUGGAAGUCAGUUAUUCAGGGGCAACCAAGCUGCUGCUAUCAGUGUCUUCACUGUCCAAAAGGAGAAAUAUCCUUUAUCUCAGACAGCGCCAGUUGCUUGAAGUGCCCAGAGGACCAAUGGCCAAACAAUGAGAAGGAUCAGUGCAUCCCCAAGAUUCUUGAUUUCCUCUCCUAUACGGAGCCCCUGGGCAUGGCUUUAGCUUUCUGUAUAACCUUUCUCUUCCUCCUUUCCCUGACCAUCCUCGGCACCUUCAUACGGCAUCACCACACUCCUAUAGUCAGAGCCAACAACCGCAGGCUAAGUUACAUCCUUCUCUGUUCCCUGGCGCUAUGCUUCCUCUGCCCAUUCAUGUUCAUUGGCCACCCAGUACCUCUGACCUGUGCCCUGCGCCAGGCAGCCUUUGGGAUUUUCUUCACAGUCUGUGUGUGUGCCACUCUGGCCAAGACCAUCAUUGUUGUGUCUGCCUUCAGGGCCACCAGACCAGAUGCCAGACUCAGGAAGUGGGCAGGACCAAGUCUCCCCAGUGCCAUCCUCAUUGGCUUCUCCUUGGUCCAAGUUGUUCUUUGUAUGUUCUGGGUCAUUGGCUGGCCUCCGGUGCCCAUGAACUCGACAGAAGCAGGACCCAUGGUCACCAUGCUGUGUGGUGCAGGCUCCUCAGAGUUUUUCUAUACCAUGCUGGGCUACUUGGGCUUCCUGGCCCUGGUCAGUCUGGUGGUGGCCUUCCUGGCCCGUCGACUGCCUGACACUUUCAACGAAGCCAAGCACAUCACCCUCAGCAUGUUGGUCUUCUCCUGUGUCUGGAUCUCCUUCAUCCCAGCCCACCUGAGCACUCAGGGCAAGGACACUGUGGCUGUGGAGAUCUUUGCUAUUUUAGCAUCUGGGGCAGGCCUGAUGUGCUGUUUGUUCUUCCCUAAGUGCUACAUCAUCCUGCUACGGCCUGAGAAGAACACAAAGGACCAAAUGAGGGGCAAUCGUCAUUUCAAGAAAUGA